CGACGCCGGCGGUACCCCAGAAGGUUUGAAGGUAACGGUCGACCAGCAAUCCCCUCAUCAUCGACGUCGGGUACAGCUAAUGAAACCGUUAUCCACUCAAGCUAUAGAAGAGGCUAGGCGCAAGAUAUUGAAAUACUUGAAUACGAGUACAACAUUCAGGAUAUUUCGUCGUGACAUCGACCCCGAAAAUUAUAAGUUCGGCACCAACUUAUCCACGAUCAUGGAGCACAAUCAGACGAACGUGCUGCCCUCACCGGUGGGUCACCGAUGCGCUGUGGUAGGCAACUCAGGCAUCCUUCUAUCAAGCCUCUGCGGGCGUGAGGUCGAUGACCACGACUUCGUUUUCCGAUUGAACCUUGCCCCGGUCGACGGUGAGUUCUCCAGAGAUGUCGGAUCCAAAGUCGACCUCAUCACCGUGAAUCGGAUGCAGCUUCUCGCGCUGGCGAAACUCUCGAAAGACUUGAAUACAACGGUGCAAGGAUGGAUGUACAUUAAUAGAUUGAAUAAUACUGUCACCGACAGCAGUAUCGUCUGGUUUCCUAAAGGUUUUCCAGAGAAAUUGAGUCAAAUAGCUGUUUCCUUCAGAGAUACUCUACAACUCCAACCUGCAUGGGCGUACAGUCCUGAAUCGUUAAUGUACCUCGCAUCGAAAGUAUGGAAAAUGCCAGUGCCUUCGACGGGUCUAUCUGUGAUGACUGCAGCCCUACUACACUGUGAUGAGGUCACAAUGUAUGGAUUCUUCCCGUUCCCGCAGGAUUCCCGGGGACGCACCUUGCGAUACCAUUACUACGAGCCUAAUACGGGGCCGUUCUACAGCAAAGGAAACCACUCCAUCGGCGUUCACAAGAUGCCAAAAGAAUUCACGCUUUUACAAAAGCUAGCAGAAGAUGGCGCACUCCGCUUAGUCACAGAGCGAUGUUAUGAUAACAUAAUUAUUUGAUGUUGGCUGAUAUUUUCUUUUUUCUUUUUUUAUUCAAACUAUAGUUUCAAAUUGAUUUAUAUCCAAAAAGUUUAGAGUCACUAAA